ACCAUGAAUUUCUUCUUUCUUUGCUCCUUCUUGCUUCUCAUGAUCUCCUCUGCAACGGCCAGCAAUGGGUGCAUACACAAGAGCAAAGCUAAAUUUUACAGUAGCUCUCGUGCUCUCAAUAGCGGGGCUUGUGGUUAUCGUUCCCUAGUUUCAAACCUCAGUGGAGAGUCGCUUGCAGGGGGAGUCUCUUCCCUAUACAACAAUGGAAUUGGUUGUGGCAUGUGCUUGCGGGUGCGGUGCACGGACAAGGCUUUGUGUAGUACACGCGGCACAAACGUUCUUUUGUUCGAUCUCAAUAAUGAUAAUCAAAUAGAUUUGGUUCUCAGUAAGGCAGCAUUCCAAGCCAUGGCUAUUACAUUUUACAAGCGUGGUGAGCUUCUGAAUAAAGGCAUUGUAGGCGUGAAAUACCAGAGGAUACCCUGCAACUACAAACAGAACUUAACUGUGCGCGUGGAAGAAAUGAGCAAUCCAUAUUUUUUAGGACUUAAAUUUUUGUAUCAAGGCGGCCAAACAGAUAUAGUCUCUGUUGAGAUAGGUCGAGAGGUUAAAAAAUCAAGAAUGCCUUGGCAACAAAUGAAGCGAAAUUAUGGGGCAAUAUGGUCCUCAGGUGUUACUCCAGGUGUGGCACUAAAACUUCAAGUGGGGGUGAUUGACGGAUACAAGACAAAGAAAGUGGAAUCACCCAAAGUUGUGAUACCUUCAAACUGGAAAAUAGGGAAGGCAUAUGACACUGGACUAAAAAUCACUUCUACUAAACAGGAGAAAUGCUCGAAAUGAGUUGAUGGCCCUUGGGAAUGAUGACAUGAAUGAUGUUUUCCCUCGCUCAUUUCCUUAGAUGCACUACUAUCCAAUAUGAUUUCUUUAUGCGCACGAUUGUAAGGUGAAAAGCAUAUUUGAGGAGUGUUGUAUCAUAGUUGUUAAAACGUUGCAAGGUCAGUGACAUAUUUAUGUAUUGACUUUAAUAACAAUUGCAUGUUUUUUAU